ACAUGCGUCUGGGGCACCAUCCACGGGUCAGGUCACUCUGUGAGCCCCUUUCUCCAGUGAGAGAGAACGUGCUGGCCAAAGCCCUCUAUGACAACGUGGCCGAGUCCCCCGAUGAGCUCUCCUUCCGCAAGGGCGACAUUAUGACGGUGCUGGAGCGCGACACGCAGGGCCUGGACGGCUGGUGGCUCUGCUCACUGCACGGGCGCCAAGGCAUCGUGCCCGGGAACCGCCUCAAGAUCCUGGUGGGCAUGUACGACAAGAAGCCAGCUGGGCCGGGUCCCCCCGCCUCCACUCUGCAGUGCCCCCAGCCUCCCAGUACACACCCAUGCUUCCUGCCGCCUACCCGCCCCAGUCCGACAGUGUCUACCUGGUACCCACUCCCAGCAAGGCGCAGCAAGGCCUCUACCAAGCCCCAGGGCCCAGCCCCCAGUUCCAGUCACCCCCGGCCAAGCAGACGUCUAUGUUCUCGAAGCCGACGCCUCAUCACGCAUUUCCCAGCCCGGCCACUGACCUUUACCAGGUGCUCCCAGGGCCUGGAAGUCCCGCCCAGGACAUUUACCAGGUGCCACCUUCUGCCGGGAUGGGGCAUGACAUCUACCAGGUCCCCCCAUCCAUGGACACCCGCAACUGGGAGGGGACAAAGCCACCAGCAAAGGUUGUGGUCCCCACUCGUGUGGGGCAGGGCUACAUAUACGACACGGCGCAGCCGGAGCAGGACGAGUACGACAUCCCACGCCACCUGCUGGUCCCCGGGCCCCAGGACAUCUAUGAUGUGCCCCCUGUUCGGGGGCUACUUCCCAGCCAGUAUGGCCAGGAGGUCUAUGACACCCCACCAAUGGCUGUGAAAGGUCCCAAUGGUCGAGACCCAUCGCUGGACGUGUAUGACGUGCCCCCCAGUGUGGAGAAGGGCCUGCCACCAUCCAGCCACCACGCGGUGUAUGACGUUCCUCCGUCGGUGAGCAAGGAUGUGCCCGACGGCCCACUGCUGCGUGAGGAGACCUACGAUGUACCCCCCGCCUUCACCAAGGUCAAGCCCUUUGACCCAGCCCGCCACCCGCUGGUCCUUGCCGCGCCCCCUCCAGACUCACCGCCCACUGAGGAUGUGUAUGAUGUCCCGCCCCCUGCCCCCGACCUCUACGACGUGCCCCCUGGCUUGCGGCGACCUGGCCCCGGCACCCUUUACGACGUGCCCCGUGAGCGGGUGCUUCCCCCUGAGGGGGCCGAUGGCAGUGUGGCCGAUGACGGUGUGUACUCGGUGCCCCCCCCAGCUGAGCGGGAGGCCCCGGCUGACGCCAAGCGCCUGUCAGCAUCCAGCACAGGCAGCACACGCAGCAGCCAGUCCGCAUCCUCCCUGGAGGCAACCGUGCCGGGCCGGGAGCCCCUGGAGCUGGAGGUGGCCGUGGAGGCUCUGGCCCGGCUGCAGCAGGGUGUGAGUGCCACCGUGGCUCACCUCCUGGACCUGGUGGGCAGCGCCAGUGGAGCUGGGGGCUGGCGUAGCAACCCCGAGCCUCAAGAGCCUGCAGGGCAGGACCUGCGGGCCGCUGUGGCUGCCGUCCAGGGGGCUGUGCAUCAGCUGCUGGAAUUUGCCCGCAGCGCUGUGGGCAACGCAGCCCACACUGCUGACCGCACCCUGCAUGCCAAGCUCAGUCGGCAACUGCAGAAGAUGGAGGAUGUGCACCAGACGCUAGUGGUGCUCGGUCAGGCUCUGGACAGAGGCCGGGCAGGGGCCGCCCCUGAAGACCUGGACCGUCUGGUGGCCUGCUCACGGGCUGUGCCCGAAGAUGCCAAGCAGCUGGCCUCCUUCUUGCACGGCAAUGCCUCACUGCUCUUCAGACGGACCAAGGCCCUUGCUCCAGGGCCUGAAGGGGGUGGCCCCCUGCAUCCCAACCCCACCGACAAGGCCAGCAGCAUCCAGUCACGCCCCCUGCCCUCACCCCCCAAGUUUACCUCCCAGGACUCGCCAGAUGGGCAGUACGAGAACAGUGAGGGGGGAUGGAUGGAAGACUACGACUACGUCCACCUGCAGCUGAAGCAGUUUGAGCGGCUGGAGCAGGAGGUGUCGCGGCCCAUAGACCACGACCUGGCCAGCUGGACGCCGGCCCAGCCCCUGGCGGCGGGGAGGCCGGGAGGCCUGGGGCCCUCGGACCGGCAGCUGCUGCUCUUCUACCUGGAGCAGUGUGAGGCCAACCUGACGACACUGACCAACGCAGUGGACGCCUUCUUCACCGCUGUGGCCACCAACCAGCCGCCCAAGAUCUUCGUGGCACACAGCAAGUUCGUCAUCCUCAGCGCCCACAAGCUGGUGUUCAUCGGGGACACACUGUCCCGGCAGGCCAAGGCGGCCGACGUGCGCAGCCAGGUGACUCACUACAGCAACCUGCUGUGCGAGCUGCUGCGUGGCAUUGUGGCCACCACCAAGGCCGCCGCACUACAGUACCCCUCGCCCUCCGCCGCCCAGGACAUGGUGGACAGGGUCAAGGAGCUGGGCCACAGCACUCAGCAGUUCCGCCGGGUCCUGGGCCAGCUGGCGGCGGCAUGAGAACCGAUGGCCGGCAGGACGGAGGCGGCAGGGGCGACAGGUGGCAGUGGCCCCAGGCCCACCUGGAGAGUCCGUGUGCUACAGCACCCGCACAGCAACCCCAGCCCACCUCGGCCCGGUGCCCCGACUGCCCAGGGAUCUGUACGUAUUUAUGACAGGGCAGGAUGUGGGGCAGUGCCCCCUCAGAGGGUCACUAGGCUGGGGCCUCCACUCACGGAGCCUCGACCGGUUGCUUGGACUGACCCAGGCCCGUGAGCUGUCGUGUUCCCUCUGUACUGGGAGAAAACCCUAAAGAACUAUUUUUCAUUAUUGAUUUUCCAAUCAUUUGACUAAUAGUCUACAUUUAAAUAAAACUUUUAAAAACGAAAA